AUGGCAGAGCCUCUCUGGGUUCGCCACGGGCCCAUUCGCCUGAGGUACAUCGACAACGACUACCUUGACUCGGAACUCAGGGCUCUUUUCGCUCAAGUUCAAUUUUUCGUCGAAAUUGAGAUGGGGGUUUGUUGGGUCACACUGCCGCACCCUGAAGUUUUGACCGCGGAACAUAUUCAGUAUAUCCAGAGCAGACAACCACAUUAUUCUCGUCGAUCCCGAAGACCCAGACGUUGA